GCAGAACUCUUCCGGAGUCGGGGAUCGUUCUCGUUCCUCACUCACCGAUAGUAGCAGAAGGCAUAGUUAUGGCGACUUUUGUAGAUAAAGUUAAUUCUGGCCUUGUAAAGGCUGGUUUAAAGCCUGUAACAAGAGACAACGUAUUAUUUUAUUAUACACCUUUGAAAGGCUGUGCUGCAUAUGGCAUAUUGAGUGUACAAAUGUUUAACCCAGAAUUGUUUGAAAACUUCAGUUUCUUGGUAAUACCUCGUUACAUCUCAUUGACGAAUGCCUGCUUGGUGAACACCAUCUCUGGGACAGGACUGUACUUGUACUCCAGUAAACAUCUUGCACAAGCUAACCCCAAGGAAAAGCUCUUAUUCUGUGCUUUUGGGACUGUGAUGUUUAAUCUUGGAUCAAUGCUGCUGUGGGCCCUGGGUCGCACUGUUGCACCAGAAAAUCAAGUCCUCCGCACAAUGAUAGGUGCCGCCAGUGCAGCUGGAGCUGUAUACCUUGGCAGGAAUUAUGUAACCUAUUUAGAUACACACAUCAGAUCUUCCAAAGACUAAAAAUGUAAUUUUGAAAAUUGAUUUUCUACUCUCCUUCACCAGUGCUUCCAGCAAAGGAAGAUUUUAUAAGAGUUUCUUAAGCUCAUUUUAAUACAAGAGCUGCAGGACCAAGACAGUGUUGGAGUUUAGAAAGAUAUGUGCACCUGAUUAUUUAGCAAAACAAUAGAUAUUACUGUCAUAUAAAAAGUUUAUUUCAGGUGAAUUUCAGGCACAAUAAAUAAUGUACAGUACUUGUAGGUUUGAACAGAUUUUUCAUGUUGAUAGUUAUUUUAUGGGCUUACUGUAUGUGGGGAAUUAAUAUUCUCACUAUGCAGAUCAUGGCUUCUGAUGUCUGUUGUUUAGUCUUGAAUAUAAUAAAUCAUACUGGAUUUAA